UUUAUAGUUUGCGGUACAUUAUUUUACUCUAAUCAUUUCGUUUUUUUGUUUUUAUUUUUAUUUGUGAUGUUUGCUAUUCUGUGUGUUGGGUAAAUUUCAAUUUUGAUAUGUAAAUUGUUUAAAAUUCGUCAAUUUGUCAAAGUUGGUUGCGUCUAUGGAGAAACCGAAGGAGAAAAUCAUAUAUUGCGUCUUGUAUGCAAUCUUAUUUGGUUUGUUUUUGUGUAAAAUUUCGUUAAAGAAUUAAGUCCAAGAUUACAUUUAGGUUUUUCUGGGAUUCUUUCUUCUUGUAAGGAUCUUUAAUGAUCAAUCUUUCUCUUGUUCAUAGACACAAGUAUUUGGGUUAAAAGAUGAACAAAAAUUCAAGUUAUUGAAUUCGGGUUCAUGAUUUGCUUUGAUCAUCUACUUUUUUUUUUGGUAGUUCAUGACUUCUUGAAGGGGUAAAAAACCAUAAAACUUUUGUCUAAAGUCUAAAUAAAUCCUCAAAACUACAAACAACUGUCUUUUUGUUGUUAUUUUAUUGUGGAUUAAAAAUCUUGUAGCUUCCAAAACGGUUUCUUGAUUGUUGUUGUGGACUUGUGGCAUAUGAAAAAAAAUAUUGUUUUGCUGAUGUAAGCUGUCUUUUUUUGUCAUUUACUGAGUGGCUUCUUUGGUUUAACCGCAGAAUGCAAGCUAAUUUUGGAGUUUAAUUUGUCUUGUCACUAUGAAAUCUGAAGAAUAUAAAAGAAGGGGUCAUAGAAAACCAAAUGAGUGUAUGAGAGCAAUUGUAACAAUCAUAGUUGGUAUUGUUUUUGGGUUCUUCAUUGGAGUAUCAUUUCCUGCUUUUUCACCACCAAAGCUUAAACUCAUACCUCCAAUUGAUACGUAUCUUGGAGACAAAAAUUCGGGGCGUUCUACACAAACAAUCUUAAAUGUGAUUUCAGUUACAAGGGACAACGUGUCAACUGAUGCUAGAAAAAUUGAUGAUCCUUCAUUGAUUUAUGUUUCAUCUAAUCCCCGAGGUGCAGAAAGAUUACCUCCAGCAAUACUUGCUUCUGAAUCAGACUUCUUUCCCCGAAGAUUAUAUGGCACACCAAGUGAGGAUUUAACAUUCAAACCAAAGUAUCUUGUGACUUUCACAGUUGGUUAUAAUCAGAAAGACAACAUUGACCAAGCGGUCAAAAAGUUCUCAGACAACUUUACUGUCCUUCUCUUCCAUUAUGAUGGCCGGACAACCGAAUGGAAUGAAUUCGAGUGGUGGUAUGCGAAAAGAUUUCUGCAUCCUGACAUUGUUGCUCCAUACGACUUCAUAUUUAUCUGGGAUGAAGAUCUUGGAGUCGAGAAUUUUGAUGCUGAAGAAUAUAUUAAACUUGUGAAGAAGCAUAAAUUGGAGAUAUCACAGCCUGGUUUGGAUCCUAGUAGUAAGGGUUUGACAUGGCAGAUGACUAAGAGAAGAGAAGAUCUUGAAGUUCAUAAAGAAACUGAGGAAAAACCGGGGUGGUGUAGUGAUCCACAUUUGCCUCCAUGUGCAGCGUUUGUAGAGAUCAUGGCUCCUGUAUUUUCUAGAGAAGCUUGGCGUUGUGUGUGGCAUUUAAUUCAAAAUGAUUUGGUUCAUGGAUGGGGUCUUGACUUUGCUCUCAGAAAAUGUAUUGAGCCUGCAUACGAAAGGAUUGGAGUUGUAGAUGCACAAUGGAUUACUCAUCAAGGCGUGCCUUCACUUGGAAAUCAGGGAAAAGAAGAGAACGGAAAAGCACCAUGGGAAGGGGUGAGAGAGAGGUGUAAGAAUGAGUGGAAGAUGUUUCAAGAUCGUGUAGCCAAGGCAGAAAGAGACUAUUACAAGUCAGUUGGUGAAGAUAAAGGCGUAGAGGUGGUGGAUGGUGGUUGUGGCUUAGUGAAGACAUGGACCGAAGUGGAGGCACAGAUCGAAACUCCAAUCGACGGAGAUGGCGGCCGAUGGUGCAGACCUGAGGCGACGUUCAGUGGUGCUAGAGGGGAAGGAGCCCAGAGGUGGUGUCGCCGACGUUCAAUGCUGAUAGAGAUGAAGGAUGCCAGAGAGGAAAGCUGA